AUGCCUCAGCAUAGUAAGUUGGCGGGCCACCUCUUCGUUUUGAAGAAGCACAUGGAUCACUUCCCUCCCGACUGCACCAUAAACACUCCUUUCACUGAGAUGGCAAGGCAAUUCCCUGGUGGAAUGUUCUAUUUUGAUCUGUGGCCAUUCACUAAACCAAUCUUAUUCGUGAAUAAUCCAUUCGGUGCUUUACAGUGGCAACAGGCACUUUUUGAUAAGCCAAGCGAAAUACGGGACGCAUUCAGCAACUUGACGGGCGGUCCCAACAUCUUCACGAUGAAAGAAAAACCUUGGAAGUAUUGGAGGGCUGUUUUCAAUCCUGGUUUCAGUGCCGCUCAUAUUCUGGAAUUAGUUCCAAUGAUCGUUACUGAGACCGAGACAUUUUGUCAAAUCUUGGAGGACCAAUCUAAACACGUCAUUUCCGCUGUUACACUCGAGACUCGUCUACAUUAUCAGACUUCUGAGAAUAAAUUUGCCUCGGAUCUUCGAAGACAAAUUGAAUGGACAUCAUUCGGGAGUGAAUUGAAUCCAUUUGAUCGAUAUAAUGUAUUCAGGCCCUUGAUUCUCUGGAUUAACAGCCGGCGCAUCCACAAAUUCCUACAUGCCGAAAUUACAAAACGAUAUGCAGCUUUGGGGAUAGACAAGGGACUUCAGCACAGGUCCCAUAAAUUGAACUCCAUUAUGACAUUGGUAUUAUCAAACUUCAUCAAAGAGAACGAGCAAGCACCUCAGAGGAUAUCCUUAUCAGAGUUUACCAACGUUGCAGCAGCACAGCUUCGUCUGUUUCUUUUUGCUGGGCAUGAUACUACAAGUAGCACUUUGAUAUACUCAUAUCACUUACUUGCUACCCAUCCAGAAUCUCUAGCGCGUGUGCGUGCAGAAAUGAACGAGGUUCUGGGGCCUGCUGCAAAGACACCGGCGCUCCUGCGAGAGAGGCCAGCGCUCCUCAAUCAACUACCAUAUACCCUUGCAGUCAUCAAAGAAACGCUGCGACUUUUUCCACCAGCUUCUGGAUUUCGUGAGGGAAAAUCUGAUGUUAGCAUCUUCGACGAGGAUGGCACAGCCUAUCCAACUGAUGGUUGUUAUGUCUGGGUCGUUCACUUAGCACUUCAAAGAGAUCCAAAGUAUUGGAAAGAUCCGCACUCUUUCAUUCCCGAAAGAUGGUUGGUUGGCCCGGGCGAUCCCCUUUACCCUGUGAAAGGCGCUUGGAGGCCCUUUGAAUUUGGACCCCAAAACUGUCUUGGUCAGAGUUUGGCUCUGGUGGAAAUCAAGGUAGUUCUAGCCAUGACAAUUCGAUCAUUUGACAUCCAGCCUGCAUAUGAAGAAUGGGACGAAAUUCACAAGAUUACGCGCACGCGCACGGUUUACGGGAAUAGAGCAUACCAGGUAGAAGGCGGAGGAGGCGGAGCGCACCCUUCUGAAAGAUAUCCCUGUACAGUUCAGACUGUCCUGUAA